CACUGGUACUAAACCCAAAUAAUCUUUGAUAGAUAUCUCGAUUUGUUAUAAGUUCAAUAUUAUAAAGAAUACAUUUACAAAAUUUAAACAAUAUAUUAUCAAUAGUAUUGCCAUAAAGUAUUUUUAAAUAAAAGUACUCUGUGAUUUGUCUCUAUUGCCAACCAGUGCCAACCACUACCACUGCCAACCACUCAUAAUCACUCAUAAUGAAUCAUUUAGAGCAAGUUUGUGGUUACUUGUUAUGAUUGAUGUAUAAAUGUGUACUAUGAGUACUUUAAUUUUAAUAAAGAAUAAAAUAGCCUUGUAAAAUGUCGUUUUACAUGUAAUUGUUGAUGCAAUGAUGAUUUAUUACCACUUGUAAAAAGUAUAGCGAACGAAUUUAACCUACGAACAUACGACUUAAUCGUCGAUAGGUUGAAAAGAGAAUAAAACAAAAAUGGUUGCUGGUCCUACAGAGCACGGCAUACAAGCCGAUGUAAUAUUUGUCAUUGAAGGAACAGCUGUUAAUGGAGCUUAUCUCAAUGACCUAAGAACAAACUAUCUUCUACCAACACUAGAGUAUUUCAAUCAAGGUCCUAUAGAGGAUAGAGAAUAUGUUUCCGAGAAUAGCGCGACAUUGUAUGGCAUAGUAGUGUACCAUGCAGCUGAUUGCUUACCAGCACCUUGUACAGAGACCUUUGGGCCAUAUGCAAAUCCGCAUAAGUUGUUGCUUGUUCUAGAUAAACUAGAAAUGGUUGGUGGAAAGGGAGAAUCUUAUGCAAACAUUGGAGAGGGUCUUGCCACUGGGUUACAAUGUUUCGAAGACUUACAAUUACGACGUGAACCGAAUACAGCAUCCCAGAAACAUUGUAUUUUAAUUUGUAAUUCUCCUCCAUAUCAAACGGUCAUACAAGAAUCGUAUAAAUUCGCUGGUCAUACCGUGGAGCAGUUAGCCGCGCUUUAUCAAGAGAGAAACAUUAAUCUUUCGAUAUUAUCGCCUAGAAAAAUACCCGCGUUAUUCAAGUUGUUCGAAAAGGCUGGAGGAGAUCUGCAAUCAUCUCAAACGAAAAAUUAUGCCAAGGAUCCUCGACAUUUGGUGCUAUUGCGUAAUUACAAUUUGAAAGAAAGACCCGUGAGUCCUCCAAUGGGUGGACCCGUUCAUACUACUCCAGGCACUGCUGCUCAAAUUCCACUUAGUCCAUUGCAAAGCAACGAUAGUCCAAAUACGAAUCAAGUUCAACAAAAUAUUGCUCAGCCAUCACAAGCUCAAGGUCCUCCAUUUAGAAACCAAACACCGCAAAAUAUUACUUCGGUUCAUCAGACGGUGCCACCGAUAGCGGCUGCUAUGAACGCUGGACGACCUCCGUACAAUCCUCAGAUAUCUGCUCCGCCAACGUAUCAUCCAACAGCUGUUGCAGCAAGAGCGGGUCACACCAGAUGGAGGCCGUUCGUAACACCAGGAACUACUGGUCCAGCGAAUGCACAAAGUAGCGCGUUAAUAGCACAAUUAAAUCAACCUCCUUCAUUGGGACUUAACGUAACUCCGUUUGGACAAAGAAUGGAUGGUAUAGCUAAUAGCAAUGUUAUGGCUGCCAGCGCGCAACAACAGCAACAACAGCAGCAACUGACGCAGCAGCAGCAGCAGCAAGCGAGAUUCACGAUGCAGAUACAACAACAACAACAGCAGCAGCAACAACAACAAAAUGUUCAACAACAAGGUUCGAUGCCUAUGUCGGCGCAACAAACUCAUGGACAGGGCGGUCAGCAACUUACAGUAUCGUGCGUUAGUCAGUCGAUACCUACUCAAGUACCACAGACGGUUACAGCUUCCCAAACACAGUCAUCCGUGUCAUCGAUCAGUCAACAGCAACAAGUGUCGCACUCUCAGGCACAAGGCAACGUUACUUCUGGUCCUGUAUCCGGCCCGCAAAUCACCGUGCCACGCGAAAGACACACUAUAUGGCAAGGUAUCAUCGAAUGGGUCGAGAAAGCUAAAAUUCCUGCAGACGCGCAAAAGCAGACGAGACAUCUUCCCUGUCAAGUUUCUGCGAACUCCAAGGAUGGAGAUCCAGAAUUGAAAGCUGAUACAUGGCCCCAGAAGUUACUUAUGCAGUUGAUGCCUAAACAAUUAAUAGGCAAUAUCGGUGGAUCUUAUUUAAAGAACUCGAAAUCCGUUCUUUUCCAUCCGACACCAUGCGAAGCACUGGAGUCUUUGACGAAAGUUAUGAGCUCUGGAUUUGCCGGUUGCGUUCAUUUCACCCUUUUGCCGCCAACGUCGACGUGUGACAUAAAAGUACUUAUUCUUCUGUACACGGCUGAAAAGAGAACGUAUUUAGGAUUUAUUCCAAACGACCAGACUGGUUUUGUAGACCGUCUUCGUAAAGUGAUUCAACAACAAAAGACUUCGCAUGCAACUAUGAGACAGGGACCGGCUGGAGCUGGACAAGGAAAUGCGAUAACUGGACCUAUGGCCACUACGGGUACGUCGCAAGGUGGUAUUCUUAUGUCUCAGACGAACACUAUAGCAAUGGGAGGCGGGCAAAUAACGCAAAACGUUGUUACCGUAAAUAAUCCACAACAGACGUUAACUACAUCUGGCGGUCCUCAGAAUCAAAUUAGUAUGCAGGGCGGUGCAAUUACUGGUCCCCAAGUUGCUACAGCAACUGGUACAAUGAUAGGACAACAAAGACCACCGUUCGAUGAUAUAGGAAUCGCUAGGCAUCAAAAUUUAUUAAAAAUUCAACAACUAAAGCAAACAUUAGAAGCCGCGCAGCAACAAGAAGCGCAGUAUAAAUCGCAACUAGAAGUGAAUAUUCAACAAAAUUUAGAACUAGCGCAACAACAGGAAAUGCAGUAUAAACAACAGUUGGAGGCUCAACAAGCGCAAAGAGCUCUCAAUCCCGCAGGUAUGACGAAUCAACAAGCGAAUGCACCGAGAUUGAUGCGACCCGUUUCGAAUAUGGGCCUUAGGCACUUGUUGCAACAAUCGCAACCUCCGUACAGGCAUCAAGUAAUCGGAAUACAGCAACAAACAGUUGGUGCCAGAGGUCAAAUGACAACGAGACCGAUGGCUCCUGGCAAUCCACAGAAUCAACAAUUCGAAGAUGUCUCUAAUUAUGAUUUUCUUGGAUAGA